AUGGGGAGCUUUCCAGGAGUUUCUCUGUUUCUUCUGGGCACGACAUUGUCCUUAACUGUAAGUCCUGUCCAGGGUGGAAAGAUUCUGGUGUUCCCCGUUGAUGGCAGCCAUUGGUUGAACAUGAACCUGCUGAUCCAGAGCCUCCAUGCCAAAGGCCAUGAAGUCACUGUGGUCCGCACAGCCACUAGCUGGUAUGUCAAAGAAGAGGCACCACAUUACAGCUCCAUCACUGUCACCUUACCAGAGGCUGUCUGCAUAGAGGAGCAGGACUUCUUUGUAACUUUCCUGGUCAAGAUACUGGAGAUCCAAAAACAGGGGACGUCUUUCAUGGCUGUCUUGAAGUUCUACUGGGAAGUGCUAGGUUCUGUAUCAAAAAUCUACCAACAAGCUAGUCUGUUAGGUGUAGAAAUAUUUGAGAACAAGACUCUAAUGUCGAAGAUAAGUGACUCUAAUUUUGACCUGGUUCUUUUGGACCCUGGACUUCCUGUUGGAGUUAUAGUGGCCCAUAAACUAAAGCUUCCAGUUGUUUUUAAUGUUAAAUGUAUGACCAGUGGGGAUGGCCAUUUUGUUAUAGCUCCAUCUCCAACGUCAUAUGUCCCAACUUCUGGAAAUGCCGUAUCUGACAAGAUGACCUUUUUUGAAAGAGUCAAAAACACAUUCCACUACUUCCUCAACACCUGCAUUGACAAGUUUAUUGGCAUUCCCCUGCUGUUUGACCAGUUUGAAAACAUUUUGCGAAUGGAAGUUCGAGGAGCUGCUAAAAUGGUGGAUGUAACAAAAAUCACCCAGCAGAAUUUCCUCAAAGUCCUACAAGAAGUUGUUAACAAUCCCUCCUACAGAAACAACAUGAAGCGUCUGUCUGCUCUCCACCGAGACAGACCAAUGCAUCCUCUGGAUGCUGCAGUUUACUGGAUUGAGUUUGUUAUGAGGCACAAAGGAGCUGCACAUUUACGCACCGAGUCUUAUAAGAUGCCCUGGUAUGUGUAUCAUUCUGUGGAUGUUAUAUGCUUUUUGUUGGCCAUCUUGUUUAUGCUGACAGCCUUUGUAGUGGCAGUCAUACGAUUCACGUGCCUUGGAAUGUGCAGGAGGAGGAAACCAAAGCAAGAGUGACUCCUCGAAUGAAGAUGGAUCCAAUUAAAAUGUUAUAUUGAUAUUCUAGAUUUUUCUUGUUGUCAACCAAUCAUAUGAAAAGACCAAAUCUUACUUGAGAUUUCUCUUUCGGUUAGUCGUUCUUUACUGCUGCUCAGCCUAAAAGGAACAAAUAAUGAACAAAGCCAGCCCGGACAAUCAGUUGCAGUUAUAUCUCUUGGCUUUCCUGGGAACACCUUGAUGUUCCCCUGGACAAGCUGGAGGAGAUAGCUAGGAAGAGGGAGGUCUGGGCUUCUCUGCUUAGGCUUCUGCCCCCCGCGACCUGGCCCCAGCUGUUAUAAAAUGGAUGGAUGGAAAGUAAAAAGUAAAUAUGGAACACAAUAAAAAAAACAUCCUUACACUAACUUAUCUUCCAAAGAUCCCACAUCCUAAUAUAGGGACAGAGCAUUUUUCUUUUUGGCCUGUUCCAUAAACUACAAAGGUUUUAGGACUGUCUAUUUGAUUCAAAUCACUCUGGUGCUGUCACUGUCACUUAAUGCUAAUACAAAGUAAGUGAUGCAAUAUUAAACUUCCAAUGGUGAGCAAUAUAUGACUAUGAAAAGAAAUAUUUCAUAGUCAGAUUUUCUUCAUAUUUUGCAGGGGACAUAUCAAAAGCUUAGUGAAAUGUACAAACAAUAAUGAAAAUACAGAAUAUAUACAACCUGCCUUAUAGCAGCUCCAAACCAGGCCCAUGACUGUACCUCCACCAUGUUUUACAGUUGGCUGUAGACGCUGUUCUACCUUGUUCCACAUCCUCUUCUUUACUUACUGCAGAACCAAAAGUUACCACUGAUUUUCCGUCUAAUAUUUAUGUAAUUUGGGACACCUCAUCUUUCAUUUCCUGUUUCCCAUCCUUGUAAAUGGCUUCUUAACAGCCACCCUUCAACUUGGGACCAUUUCUGAUGAUAGAUUUUAGGUCUGAUACUUCAUUGUUUGUCUUCGCUUGUCCAGUUUCUUAAGAAUACACUGCACAACAUGACAAGAUACGUCAGGUUUUCAGCUAAUAACUCUUUGGGUAUCCCUUUGUCCGUGCGAAAAUACUAAACUGGACUGAAAAUGAGUGAAAAAGCAGCUGAAGAAAAACACAAAAGCCUGGAGAACUAUCGGUCAACAUCACUUCAAAUUACAAAAAAGCCUUGCUCCUUGGAAUGAAAAUAUAAAGAAAUGAAGGGUGGCUCAAGAGUUUUGGACAGUACUGUGGCAACCAAACACGAGAGAAAAUAAUCUGUUAAAUGUGAAAAUUUGACUUUUAUGGAUCUGACUGACUUUUAAUGUUCUGUUCAAUAAGAGUCAAAACAAACAGCUAAGCUCAUCACUAAAGGUUUUAUAGUAGCCCACCUCUGUUUCCCCACAGAACUCACAUUUAAGGCAUUUCUGAAUGGUCACACAUCUGUGUUCAGCCUGUGUUCAUAACCGCACAAACAGCAAAUGCACCUCAUGCUCAUGUUUCAGUAAUUUUACAAUACAGUCUGAAACAAAACACAAGCCUUGCUGCGAGCAGUUGCAUAAAGGAACUAUAUUCUUUCUACUGUUUACAUCCACUAACCAAUAGAAGUGUGCAGCCAGCUAACAUUACAGAGGAAGUACAAGCUUAACUACCCAGAACAAUCCUUUGUUCUUGAAUAAACACAAGGUUUGUGGAUUAUUUUUAGUAAAUGGGUUAUAAUUCACUGCUGUUUUUCCAAAUGUAUUUUCAGUCAUGUUAGCCUCAGACUGAAGGUAGAUGGAUAAAAGGAGACGAAUAUGUACAUUUGAUUAUCAUAUUUACAUUUACAUUCAAUAUAUAAAUUCACAUUUAAUAAAUGCUGGAAAGCUGAAUGCU